AAUCCGUCUCCACCAAUAAACCAGGAGGCGGAGCAGCAGAGAAGAGGAGACCAUGGAAGUGGGGAGAAUGGCGACUUGGGUGCAGGGGCAACUGCGCCGGCUGCUGGUGGAGCACCCGGUCAUCGAAUCCUUCGAGUGGAGGCCCAACGAGACGUUUGGCGCAUCCGUCCCCUUCGUCGCCACCGCCGUCGCCACCUACCUCACCCUCGUUUUCCUCUUCGGCCGCAGCAUAAUCCCUCUCCCCCACCCCUCACCAGCCCUCCUACGCCUCCUCUCCUCCGCCCAUAACCUCCUCCUUCUCAUCCUCUCCGCCGCCAUGGCCGCCGGCUGCGCCCUCUCGGCCACCGCGCGCCUCCCCUCCCCCCGCUGGCUCUUCUGCUUCCCCACCUCCGCCAUCCCCCGGGCCGGCCCCCUCUUCUUCUGGGCCCACGUCUUCUACCUCUCCAAGCUCUACGAGCUCGGCGACACCCUCCUCAUCCUCCUCGCCGGCCCCCGUCGCCGCCUAACCUUCCUCCACGUCUACCACCACGCCGUCGUCGUAGUCAUGUGCUACGUCUGGCUCGCCACCGCGCAGUCCCUCAUGCCGAUCGCCCUCGUCACCAACGCCGCCGUCCACGUCGUCAUGUACGCCUACUACUUCUCCAGUAGCGCCGGCCGGCGGUGGCCCCCGCGCUGGAAGAGGGCCGUCACGGAUCUCCAGAUCGCCCAGUUCGUCUUCAGUUUCCUCGUCUCCGGGAUCUUCCUCUGGUACCACUUCACAGGCGGCGGGUGCGAAGGGAUGCGCGGCUGGCUCUUCAACGCUGUCUUCAACGCGUCGCUCCUCGCCCUCUUCAUCGACUUCCACCUCAAGGCGUAUAAGGAGGCCAAGAAGAAACCCAAGACGAAGGCCGCCGCCGCCGCCUCGCCGAAGGCGGCGGAGUCAUGACGCUCCCCCGCAGCGGUGAUGGUUCGAUUCCUCAGCCAUUCUCGACCGGGCGGUGACGGGACCCGAGGAGGCGUGGAACUUUGUGAAAAAUAAGCUCCAGAGCAGAUUUAUCGUGUUGCUUUUAUCAUUUGGAUCUUCAAAUUGACAGAUCAAAGCAAAUUGAUCCCUAAAUGCAUCUGUUGGCUUCUGACCAGAGCACAUCACCUUCAACAGUCAUGUUUGCUCCAGCUUUAGGGUAUAGUCAAUGAGUGAAGCAAGUUUCUAUCAAGGAAAAAGGUACUAAAGCAGCUAAUCUGAGGAGGGUCAUUAUGACGACCUCUACAGAUCCUUCCAACAUCGGCACCGUGUGCAUCAUCGAGAACUACAGGAGAUGAGAGAUGAAGAAUUUAUGAUGCAGAACAUCACUUAUACGUUGGUGACUGGUUGGUUCAUAGAGGCGAUACAUAAAGUUGGUCUUGCUGCUAAUGGCCAUGGCAUGGCCGAGAUUAAGCCCUCAAGGUUUCUUCGCAGGUGGGAUGUCGACGAUGGCGACGAAGUCGACGGAGUUGGCGGCCAUGGCGUCGUCGACGGACUUGGGUAGCUCGAGUGCGCCAUGCUUUUUUCCACCGGAGUUGUCCGUGGACUGGCUCAAAUGGUCGGCGCUCUUCCCCCAUAUAAGAGAGUAAAGGCCGAUGACUAUGACAACCGCGCCGAUCACCCUGUCAAUGGUUUCCGAGAUAACUCAGGUGAGUUGCGCUGUGUGUGUGUGUGUGUGUAGAGGAGAAGGUAAUGCGAUGGUUAGAGAAGCGGUACCUCCCGAGAGCGAUCUCCUCUGCAAGAAUGGUGGAGCCCAUGAAGGCCACUAUGAUCAUGCAGAGAGGGCUGAAGGCGGUCACGAAGACGGGCCCUCUCUCCUUCAUUACCACGGCCUGUAGAUAAUAUGCCAUCCCCGUGCACAUGAUGCCCUGUGCAAAAGAGAUGAUUUGUCAGCAUCUCUCUCUCUCUCUCUCUCCCUCUAUAUAUAUGUACACGCGAUCAUUUCAUAAAAAGCUUAAUCUUUUGGGAGUAUUGAUCAUCUGAUUCAGAGUA